GGUUGGAUGGGUCGCGAUCGGCUUGCCCGCGAUUGGCCGGCUCGCGUUCGGCUACCUGGUGAUUGGCUGUCCGUGGCCGUCUCCCGUUUGGUGUGAAGUUUUUGUGGGCAACUUUGAGGGCAGCAAAGUUGCGUUUUCUUUUUUUCUUGUGCCUUUUUGUUUUUUUAUUUAUUUUUUCAACAUUUUUUUUUUUUACGUCGCCCUCGGACGGCCGCCGACGGAUGUUUGGACCGCUGUCGAUGUCUUCCGGCCGCAUUCCUCGGCCACUCGUGCGCCAAGGCGAGCGUUAGACGCCUUUGGGAUUGUUUAUUUUUUUUUUUUUUGGCGGAGGAGGAAAGAGGAAAGAAAAGAUGGACGCGGCGGCGGCGGCGGCGGCGGAGGAGCUCGUGUAGCACUGCGGCUAAGGAUGCUAACGCUAAGCUAAGCGUCGCUAACGCCGAGCGUCCGUCGGAGCUUCUCGGCCGCCGGACGCCGCGUUCGGACCCCCUCGCGCCGCCUCCAAGUUUGCGUUGUGCGCACCUGUAUCAUCAUCAUCAUCAUCAUCGGUGUGACGAAGGCCGGCGUGCAGAUGGUCGCGCCGCUAACCAUGGAGGAAGACCUUAGACGAGCCGCGCCGGUGCACUAAGGCAUCAUGGGUAGUAGCUGUUCAAGCUGUCCAGACAAACACUUGACUGCGGAUACUCAUCAAAGUAAAUUCAAGGUGAUCAACGUGGACGACGAUGGGAACGAGCUGGGUGCCGGCGUGAUGGAGCUGACGGACGGCGAGCUGGUCCUGCACACGCAUCGCCGCGACGACGUCCGCUGGCCGUACCUGUGCCUGCGUCGCUACGGUUACGACUCCAACCUCUUCUCCUUCGAGAGCGGGCGGCGCUGUCAGACCGGCCAAGGCAUCUUUGCGUUCAAGUGUGUGCGCGCUGAGGAAAUCUUCAACAUGCUGCAGGAAGUCAUGCACAGCCACAGCAUCAGCGUGGUGGAGGAAGCCGUGCUGGACGCCGGCCACCAGGGGGCGGCGCUCUCUCCGGCAGGUACGCCCAAAAACCGCAGCCGCAAGCGUCCUCCGGGAGGUUCGCUCACAUUUCGGCGCUUUUCAGCUCUGGGCUACUCGGUGCCGAACGGCGUGUCGCGGAUCCCGUCGGUGGGCGAGGUCCCGUCCCACCCGUCCAGCCGCCACCCGUCCGUGGCCAGCACCCGGCUGCCGUCGGUGGGCGAGGAGUCCACGCACCCCCUGCUGGUGGCCGACGAAAGCGCUCACACGUACGUCAACACGGUGCGUCUGCCGGACGAGCCGCCGCCCGGCGGUCCGGCGCCGGAGAGCCCCGCCUUCCCGGAGGCCCGCCGCCCGCCCACUCCUCCCUCGGAGGCGCGGGUGCUGCUGGAGCCGCAGGGCGCCCGCUUCGUGCUGGGCCCCACCCCGGUUCAGCGGCGGCUGCGCGAGGCCGGAGAGACCCGAGAGGGCGACGGCGAGCCGGCCGCCCCGCGCUCGGACGACCCGCCCCCGGCGGCGCACCGCUGCCUUCGCCCGCCGCCGUCGACCCCCGACCCGCAGAACGUCAACAACUCGGCGCAGCGGCGCACGGCGUUGCUGGACUACGAGAACCUGCCGGCGCUGCCGCCUGUCUGGGAAGCCCGCAAGUCGAGCUGGGAGGACGAGGACGGCGGCGGCGGCGGCGGCCUCAAGACUCUCAACGGCUUCAGCUACCCUCACGGGCCGCCGUCGGCCGCCCUGGAGCCCUCGCACAACUACGUCAACACGGAGAACGUGACGGCGCCCCUCAGCGCCCACCGGCCCGACACGGCGCGCCGCCGCCCCGACGGGCCCACCGUCUUCAACUUUGACUUCCGCCAGCCGCCCAAGACGCUCAACUACAUCGAGGUAGAGAUGGACAACCGGGGCGCCUCCGACGGGAGCGACCCCCACACGCCGCGCACCCCCUCCUCGCCCCCGCCCCCCGGCACGCCCACGCGGCGCACCGAGCUCUACGCCCUCAUCGACGUCGAGCGCACGGCCGCCAUGUCCAACCUGCAGAAGGCGCGGCCGCGGGACGACGGGACCUCGCGCAAGACGCGCCACAACAGCACCGAGCUGCCCACCAAAAGCGCCGCCUGACA